GGUUGUGUUUGAUAUCUUUAGAACUUGGUUCCACUGUCCUUUUGCCAGUUGCCAUUCCUCUGAAAGGGGAGAUUCAUUCACUUCCUCACUCUCACUCUUCUCUAUGCUUCUUUCUUCUAUGUCUCAAUAACCUCACUCUUCAUCUCUAGACACACCAAACAAGAUUAUCAUCAUUAUGAUGUUGGGUAUGGCCACUUUAACUUUGGGUUCAUCAACUGCAUUGGUAGUUGCCAAGACCCAACCUCACCAUGCCACUAUCAAUGGCAACAAGUUGUUAGGAACCAGAAACCAAACCCUUCAUAUGUCUUUGCUUCCUUCUUCUUCAGCUAACCCAAAAAAUUGCAACUUGUUCUUUCCCUUAAACAAAAAUUCAACUAGACCCUUUACCACUGCUGUUGCAUCUGUUGAUUCUGACCAGCUCAGUUCUUCUGAUCCUCCCAGCAAGAAUGAAGCCAACAAGUACUAUUUUCUUGUUGCCAAUGCAAAGUUUAUGCUGGAUGAGGAGGAGCAUUUCAAAGAACAGUUAUUCGAACGGCUCCGUCUCUUUGGAGAGCGAAACAUAGAACAGGAUUUCUGGCUUGUCAUUGAGCCUAAGUUCUUGGACAAAUUCCCGGAUAUCACCAAGAGGUUACGCAGACCUGCGGUUGCUCUUGUGUCGACCAAUGGCCCCUGGAUCACAUUCAUGAAGUUAAGACUGGACCGAGUUUUAACAGAAAGUUUUGUAGCCGAGAGCCUGGAAGAAGCACUAGCCUCCAAUCCUACUAAUCUGGAGUUUGAGAAGCCUGAAAAAUGGGUGGCGCCGUAUCGCAAGUAUGAGUUCGGAUGGUGGGAGCCCUUUUUGCCUUUUGCACAGAAAGAGGUGACAUCUUAAGAUAUCUUCUCGCUUUACUCCGGUACUUAGUGUUAGUAAAUCUUUUUCUCUGAGGAUUUUUGUUCAUGUAUAACUGGAUGUUAGUUGAAGACUUGAAGUUGGUUAAAUUCGCUUUAAAUUUUGCAAGUGUAUUUAUAUGAAAUUGAUGUGUUUCCUUUAGGAUCUAGUUCUAGGAACUGCAUUAUCUUGCGUAAAUGAGUAAAUUAUAUAUAUUAUUAUAAAUUCAGUGUUCUCUUUUGUAAGAAAUGUAUAAUUCCUUCACCUUC